GGUCAAAUAUUUGAAAAAGGCAAAAAGAACGAAAGAAAGAAAGAAGGUCCAGCCGUCCCCGUUAAUGAACUCUACCGUUUCUAUUAUUUAAUAUCUUGUUAUUACAUUUUUCAUUAUUUCAAAGCAUUUUAUUCAGAAUGUUAAUGUCUCUCUGUUAAUUUGAUGAAAGGCGUGAUGAUAAAAGCUGCCAAGAAACUCAACAAGCUUUGGUCCAAAAAGAGAAAGAAGAGGCAUCAAAUUGAGCAUCAUUACUAUUACCCUCCUCCUCAACGGCCGCCACCACCACCACCACCACCACCAUUUAUCGGCGAGUGUCGGCAUUGCUGUUAUUGCUCCAGCUCCACUCAGCCAUCAGCUCCACCUUUACCUGAAUCGUCAUCGUCUUUGUGGCUUGAAGCUGAGCGCAACAACAACUAUGGCACAUUCUUCGCACAACCACAAGAACAAGAAGAAGAGGCUUAUUACGCAAGUGAAACGCAAAUACAAGAAGAAGUAGCCAUGGCAGCUUCGGAACCUGUUUAUGGUGUUCCGGUGCUGCCACUACUACCUCAAACAGAUACAAGAAGAAGAGACAGAUCUCGCCGUGUUUAUGGCUUUGGCGCUUACCUGUUUCAAUGCCUCUGUCCAUGUUUUCGCAUCAGAGAAAGUGAUAGUAGUUUGAAUUGAAGUCGGUUACGCUUUUGUAGAUUCCAAUUUACCAUGUCAAGCAUAGACUCUUCGUGUUCCUGUAAUUGGAAUGAUAAUGGUAGAGAUCUAUGCUUGACAUAGUCAAUUGGAGUCGAUCGAAGUUUCUAGUAGAGUUAAUUCGAAUAAUCUCAUACAAUGCUUGUUCUUUUGUAUUAGUGUACCCAAAUAGUUAUACAAAUAAAUAUUAUUGUUGAAAUAGCAUCUUUAAUAGCAUU